AACCUCAUUAGACCGUACGAGGUUUAUGUAGACUUUACGGUAACCAACCGGCUGUUAUUAGCGUAAUUACGGUAAAUAUCCGGUCAAACAUGGCGCUGCUCUGUGCAAGCUUGCGUACUCAGAUGUCUCUUUUUCGACUGUGUGGUCUCGGUACAGUUAGGAUAACUAAUGGUCUUUAUUCUCCUUACGUGUCCUGUCAGUCCAGGUUGCCCCUGUGCAGAUACUUCUCAACGUCUAGAGACAAACGAGGUAUUGGUAGAUAUUUGGUCUCCAGCCUCGAGAGGAUAAAUAGAAAAUAUGAAGAUUUCCUCAAAAAGCGAGUUCCCCGCUUUUUUCUGCUCUACCGCACUUUUGUGGAAGGAUUCAAGAUACUGUUCCGAGACAUCAAAGAUGUGAGGAGGAUAAAAGCAAAGAUGUCCUCUGAACGAGUAAAGUUUCAAGAUCUGCCCUACAGGGACAUGGAGAAACUCAGACAGUUUCGCAGAGACUUGAUCAAGACUGUUCCACUGAUAGUGAUAUCCAUCCCUCCUUGUGUCAACUACCUGGUUUUUGUCUUCAUGUAUUUUUUCCCCCGUCAGCUCCUGAUUCCUCAUUUCUGGACUCCCGGGCAGAUGGUAGAGUUUCAAAAACAGUACCAUUCCCUCAGGGCCCAGCAUCACUGGCCAGUGCUCAAAGGGCUUGAGAAUGCAAGUCGUCAGGUCAAAAACGGUCAGCUACAAAGUUUCCUCAAGGACCUGUGUGCUAAAGUGCAAAGUGGAAAAAACCCUCAAGUGUCAGAAGUCCUUGCCGUUCGAGGCCUGUUCUCGGGACCCCCUCUGAGCAUAAAGAAGAUGAGUGUGGAUCAAAUGAGACACCUCAGCCCCCUGCUUUUCCUGACGCCUCACCUCCCGGGCUUCCUGAUUGGACGUCGGUUGAACAGACAUGCCCUGGAGCUGCUCCAGCUGGACCGGGCCCUCAGCAGGCUGGGCCCUCAUCAGCUUAGUGAGUCUGAACUUAGACAGGCUUGUUUUGUAAGAGGGCUCAAUUCUUAUAGUCUUGGCGUAAACGAGUGUCGCGAGUGGUUAUCCAAGUGGCUUCAGGUGUCCUCCUCACUGAAAGAUUCAGAGCUGUCGCUGCUUUUGCACAGCAUUGUGUUUCUCUCUGCCAACUACCCAAAAGAUCCCAGCCGACACUGAGGGGAAGCCUGAAGCAAUCUCCUCCGCUGAUUAUGUUCUCUUUUGUGCACUGGGCAGCACAAUUUCCUGAAAGCUGUCAAUGUCUUGUUUUUGUCAAGGAAAAAACACAUUUCAGAAUUCUUCUUGGCAAGAUUUUGAGCUUUAAGAAAAAAAAGAAACUGUCUUAGCCCAAAAAUCAGAGAAGGUUUGCAGUAAAGAGAAGGAUCCCCUUAAUUUUAGACGCCUUAGAACUGUCCUGUUUGCCAAUUAAAGUUCCAGUGUCAGCUAUGAACAGCAAAAAACACCAUCAACAACACACUCAGAUGUUUACAAAAAUUCCUUUGGAAGAAUCUGGUGAAUCUGUUGUGUCUUUACCAAGGGUGUGUCAUUUAUAAGUUAGCACAAUAAGACAGUUGUAUUUUCAUAAGCUUGCUUAAAUGAGUUCUCGCGUUCUUCCCAACCUCACAAAGAACUUAAAUGUAUUGUGAUGCACUGAACUAAAUUAAGUGAUGUUAUGUUGUCAUGAUUACCUGUUGCAGACGUGGCACUUGUUUACCAAGUAAGCAAAUCAUUACACAAGUACAAAAACAAGCAGGGAAACAAAGAGGAUAUUGUUUAGUUAAAGUUCAGUAGUGUUUUGUGCAUCGUCUGUGCUUUGCUUGUGAAAUGGUAAAGUAGUUCGGACACAUUCCAUUCACGAA